AUGAACAACAACCUCAUUUUAUUAAUCCUUCUAUUACGUAAACCUAGUCAAUAGGUUUAUGAUCUCUUAACUGAGUAUUUAAAAGUAUUUAUUACUUAAUAUUUCAAUUAGAUUCAUGAUGUUACAGAGAUUAUUAAUAAUCCAACAUUGUAAAAUACAAUUCUUAGUCAUAUUGAACCUGAAUUGUUAUAGAUUACUUCAAUGAACAAAUUUCAUAAGAUAAUUGGAGAAAGUAAUACUUUAAUUGUAAUAUGCAGCAUUACGUGAAAAAUAAUAAUAGAAAACUCCAGGAGGCAGUGUUGUUGAUUUGUUUUUUAGGAAUAUGUUAUUGCUAUUUAAUUAAAUGGAUUUCAAUUAAAUGUUAAAAUCUUGGAGUGAUUUCAAAGAAGGUUAAGAUAAUCAUUUGCAAAAUAAUCCAUUUUUAACAGAUUCAUAUAUUGAAUUCUUACUUACUAAAUUAUAAAGUAUAAUUUAUCUAUAUAUUUGUUAGCAAGUUCUAGUUAUGUAAAUUUAGAAGAAUUGAAAUAAAUAAUUGAAUAACCAAAUUUGAAUGAGAAUUGUAAAGUCAAUUUUCUUAAAGCACUUUUAUAUGCUAUAUUAAGAUAUCCAUUUAGAGCUAUUAAAUUCUCUCGCAAAUAUUAUGAUAUGACAUUGAAUAGUCUUGUACCUAAAAAAGUGAAUCAUUGUAUUAUGAAUUCUAUUUAUCUCAAUAUGAAGAUGAAUUUCUAUGAUGAAGCAUUAAAUAGUUUAUCUGAAGGUUUAAGAUUAUCAUAAACUGUAUCAGAUGAAUAAAGUAUUAAUCUUUGUUUAUUAAAUCUAUUUGAAAUAGCAUAUCGUAAUAAUUAUUAAAAAUAAGUAAAUAUACUUCAUUAUUAUUAUUAGGCUACUUUAUUAUUAGAAUAUGCAGUUAAUCAUGCUUAAUAAUUAAGUCCAUAACACAGAUUAUAGAGUGCUUUAAUAUAUGGAUCAUAAGUAAGAUACAAAUAAAUAAAUUAUUCAUUAUUAAAAAAGAAACAUAUUAAUUGGAAAGACAUAAUACAUUAAAGUUUAAAAUAGAUUUUACAAUCUCAUAGUCAAGAUAUAGAAUAAUCUAUUACUGCCUAUUAAUUAGUAUGUGCUAAUAAUUAUGGGAAUUCAACUAUGAUUUAAAAUGCAUUAGAUUAAUUAUAAUAAUUUGAUUAAAAUGAUUAAACACUUUCACUUCAAUUAGAAGCCUUAAGUCAAAUAUCUUUACAUCAACCAUUAUAUACAUUGUCAUAAUUCUAAUAAUGUUUUGAAACUACUUAUAAUUUGAGUGAAUAAUCAAUAUUAGUAAUAUUAAAUAUAUGUUUGGAAUAUUUUGAAAUAAUUAAUGAACCAAUUUCAAUUAAAUACAUAAAAUAGAUUAUGAUGUAAUUAUUGUAAAUGAAUCCUGAUCCAUAUAUUUCUGAAUCUUUAUAAAUUGUACCAAUUAAAAGUAAUAUAUUUAUAUGAUUAGAUCCUAAGCUUAGAGUCAAGUAAUUAUUAAAGGAUGGAGAGAAUGAUUUAGAAAUUAUUAGAUUGUGUAAAUAAUUUCAUUUGAAUUAAUAAUAUUUGGAAUAUAAACUAAAUAUAAUUGAAAGAAACAUUAAAUAAAAUUAAAUUUAGAUAGCUUAAGAUAAAUUAAAUAAUAUUAAUUUAUAUGAAUUAUCAUAAUCAAAUUGUGUAAUUUAAGCUAAGUUUUGGAAUUUGAUGGCACGUAUUUAUAAAAGUUUAUAGUAUUAUGCUACAUCUAUUAAUUUUGCUAUUUAAGUUGGUUGGAUUUCAAUGAUACAAUAGAAUUAUUAUGAUAUGACAUUUAUAUAUGAUUAAUUAGGUAAUUAUAUAAUAUUUUAUAAUAGAUUAAUAUGAUCAAAGAGAUUAUUGUGCUGAAUAAUUUAAUAAAGUUGAUGCACUUAUUAGUUAAUGUAUUUAGAAUACUAAUUUGAUAUUCUUUAAAAUAAAUGAAAUAGGAAUUGUAGAAUACUUGUAUCGUUUUCUAAAUAAUAUACAAUAAUAAUUUAGUUGUAAUAUGUGA